UGAAAAUCUCUGACCACACUAAGCUCACAAGCCAGUAUGACAAUAACUGGCUGGGGGCGAGUAACAAUUGUGCCCUUCAGAAGGGAUCCCUGGGGCUUGCGUGUGCCCCAGUCCCCAGGAGAUGGGUGAAUGGCCUUUUUAUCACUGGGCUGGCACUGACCUUUUUAUCUCACUUCCUGUCAGCUUCACUCCUUCUAGCCAUUUAUGUUCUUGUCUGUCUCUUUCUGCGCAGACACUGUAGCUUGCUACAACAAACCCAAGUCUAAGUCCUUUGGCCUAGUGAUAUGUCACUUCAUCCACCCUUCACACCCUGUCCCUCCCAUCCCUGUCAGCUCCCCUCCAAUACUCUUGGUCCAAGCACAUCAAACUUCUCACUCGUCCCCAGACCCGUCAGAUUUUCACACUCCCAAGCCUUUGCACAUGCUGUUCCUUCUGCCUGGAACACCACAUUUCCUCUUCUACCCCCGGUGAACUUCUGUUUCUCCUUGAAGCCCCACCGCAGAAGCCACUGACUCCUAGCAUCUUCUGGACCCCUCCCCGGGGGCAGUCCCCUGGGUUGUCUUGAUGGUUGUUGUGAUUCCCAAAUGUCUCAAGCUGCCUCCCCUCCCUGUAAGUGAGAGCCUCUCCAGGGGCUGGGAGUAGACCGCCUGGCAUCCCUGGGGCUCACCUGUGUGGAGGAAUGGGCCCUCAGGUUGGUGGUGGGAAUGGUUGGGGGGGGGAGGGGCUGUGGUCAGCCCCUCUGGAAGCGGCUCUUGGGACAAACACAGGUUUGUUAGAGUUGGCAAGGUUGUGGGAGGGGAAGGCAGCAGACAUUGUGUGAUGUAAGGUGAGGUCUUGUGGCCCUGGCAAGAAGGAGGGAGGCCUCGCUGGGGAUCACGUGGGCUUCUGCACUUGGGGGAUUAUGUAGACCCCUGGGUGUGUGUGAAGAUGUGUUCAGGCAAGUGGGUCCCGGCACCUGGGCAGUAGGGUACUCUCCUCUGCCCUGUGAGCACCCCCAAUGCCCCCAGAGCUAUCAUCAGUGCUGGAUAAAGAGGCCAGACAAUAUCCUCACCUCCUGAGGCUGACGUUGCAGAGAAGUCACCAGAGAUGGGCUUGAAACCAGCGAGGCUGCUCCCAAGAUCUUUUCCCUGGCUUCCUGUCCCUAGCCCACCCUCCCUCUGCCUGCCCCCUCAAGGCUCUCAGCUGCCAAGCACCUUCCACAGGGCCCACUCCCACUGCCCCGGGGACUCCGCCAGGCCAGACGCAAGGCCCGAUACCCACCCACCCCCAUCUCCCCAGAACUAGCAACUCGCCCUCCUUGGAAUCACCUGAGAGGUAGGACCUGGGGAUCCCGUUUUUACGGACAAGGAAAUGGACUCUGAGGGCUCUGAGGCUCGAAGUAACGGACUCAAGCUCCUCCGAGUGGGGAGUGGGUAGUAACUGGGAGGAUUUUCAGCCCGGCCUCUGGUGUCUGAGGGCCAAGUUCUGUCUCCAGCCGCCCUGGCUCGCCCGCCCCGCGGGCUCCAGGCCCCGGCCUUGGGUUGCCCCUCCCCGCCCACAGUCACAUCCGUCCUGUUCAGACAGAGAUCGAUGCGUCAAUGUCCCAACGCCGGCCUUAACCACAGACCGGUGCGGACGUCGCGCGUGAUGCCUUGGCUCUGAAUCCUGAGGACACUGUCCCUGAAUCCUUACUAGGCCAUGGCCACUGCUCCCUCGGCAUGGCCCUGAGCUGAGCCAGGAAGGGGCUGGUCAGUGAGAACCUUGAACUCCUGUGCUUGUACCCUUCCCUCCAACACAUCCACUAAGAGUGCAACAGAUGGCACCCGCGUGAGGCGGAGCGACGGGUCUUCUUGCCCCCCGGGCUGGAAGAGGAAGAGCAGCCGUUGUGCCGGGGAGGGCCGGACAUGUCGGAGGCAUCGUCCUGCCCUGGCAGCGAGACCCCUGCCCCAGGCUGCAGUCUGGGGGCCUUGUACUGGGCCUGUGUCCGCAAUGAUCCUGUCCAGCUCCAAGCGGCAUUGGAUGGUGGGGUCUCCCCGGAGGAGGCCGUCCAGGUGGAUGGCAAUGGGAGGACAGGUCUUAUGGUCGCCUGCUACCGCGGUUUUGAGAAUGUUGUGGCCUUGCUCAGCCGCUGCCCUUUCCUCGAUGUGAACCAGCAGGAUAAGGAAGGGGACACAGCCCUCAUGCUGGCUGCCCAAGCAGGUCAUGUGCCUCUGGUGAGUCUCCUGCUCAACUACUACCCAGGCCUGGACCUGGAGCGCCGGGACCAGCGGGGGCUAACGGCACUGAUGAAGGCCGCCAUUCGGAACCGUUCGGAAUGUGUGGUGGCCCUCCUCCUGGCAGGUGCUGAGCUGACAGCGGUGGAUCCUGUCCGGGGCAAGACGGCCCUAGAGUGGGCAGUGCUGACUGACAGCUUCGACACCGUGCAAAGGAUCCGGAAGCUGCUGCGGCGCCCCCAGAUAGAGCAGCUCAGCCAGCAUUACCAGCCCGAGUGGCCAGCCCUGCCUGGGCUCGUGGCCCAGGCCCAGGCCCAGGCCCAGGCUGCCCCAUCUCUUCUAGAGCGACUCCAGGCCACCUUGAGCCUCCCCUUUGCCCGGUUUCCUCAGGAGGGGGGUGUCCUGGACCACCUUGUGACCAUCACGACCAGCCUGGCCAGUCCCUUCCUCACCACUGCCUGCCACACCCUGUGCCCUGAGCACCCACCUGCACUGGGCACCCGAAGCAAGUCUGUGCCAGAGCUGCUAGGCACUGCCCCUCCCCCGCCCCCAGAUCCCCAGCCCCCCCAGGUAGCCCCUGGCCCCCGGGCCCUCAUCCCCUACCAGAGCCCUCAGGGCGUGUUGAGUAUGUGCCCUCAGUGGCUACAGCCCAGGGACAAUAGCAGCCCCAGGCCCCAAGCCCCCAAGAUCCGCCUCUCCAAGGCACCUUCAUCGCCCAGACAGCACAAGCCAGAGUCCAGGCCUGGAGAGAAUCGAAGGUUGGCCCUUCCUAUCUGGAGAUAUCAGGAGCUCAGGAUGGAGAGGAGGAAGCAGGAGGAGGAGGCCAGGCAGGCACAAAGUCAGGGAAAGAUGGGCUAGGCCAGGCUGGGAGCAGGUGAUCAGGUCCCUCCCUAAGGCUCCUUUGCCCUCUGGAGCCCCUUCUGCUCUCCCAUCCAGAUCUGUACAAAUGAUUCUACUCUAAUCUACUUAGGAGGUUGUCCACACAGCGCUAUUUGCGAUACUAAGAGUGGAAACAACCUAAGUGUCCAUCAGCAGGGGACUAGCUAAAUUGCUUAUGGCUGUGAUAAGUAUACAUCCAUAUGAUGUAUUUUAUACAGUGGUAAAACGAGUAAGGAAGCUCUUUACGUUCUGAUAUGAAACUAGCUCUAAGAGGUAUUAAGUGAAAGUCAUCAAGGGGUGGAACAGCGUGUAUGGCAUGCUACUACUCGUCCAUGUAAAAUCUGCACCAAGAUAAACUUGACCAAUACAAAUAUAUAGGGAGUACCAAGAUAUAUUUAAGUACUUGAUGAAUGAAGGAUCAAAGGAGGAAACGAAAAACCAUUACUGACAGUGGAAAUACGAAUCCCGGAAUGAGAUUGAAAAGUUAGGUACGAAAAAGUUAAUUCUUACCCGGCAAUAACACCAUAACUUUUUUUUUUCUGCCAGACAAAAAUAAAUUGCUACUUAUCAGUCUUCUACAGGUUAACCUCUUAACUUCCUAUAGAAAAUCUGGGCCCUAAGCAAUAGUAAAUACUAUGUCAGACAAAAUUACUUCCCCUGGAUGACCCAUAGGUGGGGUUAUUAGCCAAUGAUCUAAAACAUCUUGAAAAGGGGCGCCUGGGUGGCUCAGUCGGUUAAGUGUCUGACUUCAGCUCAGGUCGAUAUCACAGGUUUGGUUCAUGAGGGCUCUGUGCUGACGUCUCAGAGCCUGGAGCCUGCUUUGGAUUCUGUGUCUCCCUCUUUCUUUGCCUCUCCCCUGCUCGCUUUCUGUCUCUAAAAAACUGAAUAAACGUUAAAAAAAAUGUUUGUUUUGGGGCGCCUGGGUGGCUCAGUCGGUUAAGCGUCCGACUUCAGCUCAGGUCAUGAUCUCGCAGUCCAUGAGUUCAAGCCCCGCAUGGGGCUCUGUGCUGACAGCUCAGAGCCUGGAGCCUGUUUCGGAUUCUGUGUCUC